AUGGCUGAGCAGUCAAGUGAGGUAGCUGUUGCAGGAAUGAAGAGGCUUCCAAGAGAGGAAAAAGACCAGGAUGACAUAGAUGAGGCCGAGCUUGAGAAGAUAAGAAACGAUUCGCCAGGAGCAUGUGAAGCGAUUAAGAAGAUUAAGGAAGGAUUCAAUCAGUUCAAGGCCAAUGAAUUCGACAAGUUUCCAGACUAUUACAGGAAACUAGCCGAGGGACAGAACCCAAAGUUUCUGGUGUUUGCAUGCUCAGAUUCACGAGUGUGUCCAUCUAAUAUUCUAAGCUUUCGACCAGGAGAAGCUUUCAUGGCCCGGAACAUUGCUAACUUGGUUCCUCAAUUCGACCAGGUUAGGUAUUCUGGAGUUGGAGCUGUCAUUGAAUAUGCAGUUGCAGAACUCAAGGUUGAAAUUAUUUUGGUGAUUGGACACAGUCGAUGUGGGGGAAUAAACAGGCUAAUGUCUCAUCCUGAAGAUGGAUCAACUUCUUUUGACUUCAUUGACGAUUGGGUUCAAAUCGGUUUGCCUGCCAAGGCCAAGGUGAAGGCUGAGUUUGGGAAUUUACCAUUUGAGGAACAGAUUGCCAUUUGUGAAAGGGAGGCUGUGAACUUGUCUCUGGAAAACCUACUUACUUAUCCAUAUGUGCGAGAUGGAUUGGCGAACAAAGCUUUGCUACUGAUGGGUGGAUACUACGAUUUUGUCAAGGGAACUUUUUCCCUCUGGGUGCCCAAUUUCGGCGUCAAACCCUUUCUCUUUGUUUGA